AUGGCAGAAGGAGGCGAUUCCCCUGCCCCUCCACCAUCGGCCUUCCCUCUCGACAGCACCUUCUUUGCUGCUGGGUCGACGGCCUGGACAGAUGUGCUGCCUAAAACCGACCACGUCGACAUCUUCCGGAAUGCCGACUUUGGGAGCACGACACUGGGGCCCAUUGCGCAAUGGGGCCCGGCACUACGCUUCUACGUCACGAUGCUCUUCGCCAACAGCCGUGCGACGGCGCUUUAUUGGGGCCCGGACCGCAUCGCCAUUUACAACGAGUCUGAGGCGGAGUUGUGUGGCGAGGCGCAUCCGCGCUUGAUGGGCCAAGCGUUCCAGGAGGGCUUGCCAACUGUUGCGGAUGCCGUAGGGGCUCUGUUCGACCAGGCGGCGGCCACCGGACAGACCGUGGAUGUGAAUGAUAUCCAGCUGUUCCCCGUGCGCCGUGGCGCUCUGGAGGAGUCCUACUUUAUUGGCCAAUUCAUUCCCCUACGCGGCGAUAGCGGGGAAAUCGAGGGCUUCUUCAACACCGUCUACGAAUCCACCUUCCAGGUCUUGUAUGAUCGCCGAAGACGGGUGAUGGAUGGCAUUGCCGCAAUCCCUCCGCAAACCGUCAACGAAACCUUCGUCCGUGUCAUGGAAGUCCUUCGAAGCAAUCCCAGGGACAUCUCGAUGGCCAUGAUCUACUCCCACGACGAAAACAAUCCGGGAAAGGCGAAUCUAAGUCUCAGUGGAUCCAUUGGUGUGCCGGAGAAUGCACGAUGCGCCCCACCUACUGGACGACUUGAGAAGGACGAGGAUGGCUUGAUCGGGUAUUUCCGCCAGGCGAAAGAAAGCGGUGCGCCGGUGGUACUCAGCGACUCCGAUGGCAGUCUCCAAGCGGUUGGGGAUCUCUUCAGCGACGUCUCCUGGCAGGGUUUCGGGGAACCCUCGCGAGAUGUCGUGAUUGUUCCACUGAGGAGUGGCAAGAAGUUGCUUGGGUUUUACGUCCAGGGCACGAAUCCGCGACGGCCCUACGAUGAAACGACGGAGACCAGCAUCGUUGACCUGACAACGCAGAUUGUCGCCAAAUGGUUGGCCUCCAUGUCGGCCGAAGAGGCUGCAAAGCGGGAGGAGGAAUUGCAGCGUAGACUAACGGAGAAAGAGAGGAGACUGAGGCAGAUGGCAGAGGGAGCUCCAAUGGGAAUGGUGUCGAUCAAUGAGCAGGGCACGGUUGAGUGGGCAAAUGACCAGUGGUACGAAAUCAUGGGCCUGAGCCGGACGACGACCGAACUGGUCGCAUCGCUCGCGCCGGACCAUCGAGAGUUCGGCAGACGAAACCUCGAAGCACUGCUUGCUGGGAAGCCGCGUGUUGUCUGCGAGCAUAAACUGACUCGCAUGUGGUCGCCACCUGGAAAUGCCGACAACAGAGAGGCAGACGUUCCAGCCUGGAUCCUUGCUGUGUGUUUUCCGGUUUAUGAGGACGGGAAGAGGCUUAUAACAACGUAUGUGAUGGACAUAUCGGCGCAAAAGCAUGCGGAAAGUAUUCAAUCGCUCCAUGCCGCCGAAGCGGAGCGCGCGAAACAGGACCAGGAAAAAUUCAUCGACAUCACAUCACACGAGAUGCGAAAUCCACUCACCGCAAUGAUGCAGCUUGCAGACAGCAUCUCCCACAGCAUGGACACUACUGAGGAUGCCGACGCAGACGUUUACAAGGCGAUUCUGGAGCAGAACGUUGAAGCGGCCAACACCAUCCUUACAUGCACGGCGCACCAACGCCGCAUCAUUGACGACGUCUUGAUCUUAUCGCGCCUCGAAUCGAACAUGCUGUCCAUCACUCCAUCCCCUCAGCAGCUCUCCAUCCUCCUGGCAAAUACAGUCAAGAUGUUUGACGGCGAGGUGGCCAUGUCUGACGUCAAAGUCGAGCUCAUCAAAGACGCAUCCUGCGACCAGCUCCAAGCCGAUUACAUCUUAUGUGACGCUUCACGGCUGAUGCAGAUUUUGAUCAACUUGGUGGGAAAUGCAAUCAAGUUUACGGCGAAGCGGAAGGAAAGAAAGAUCAAGAUGAUGUAUGGAGCGACACGCCAGCAGCCAAGUCGCAUGAGCACGGAAUUCGGGCCUUUGGAGUGGCUGCGGCGUCGUCCGGAAUCAGGGGCUCCUCCUUUGUCGCCCGCGAUCAAGGAUGGCGGACCUCCGCUUUAUGCAUAUUUCUGUGUCUCCGAUACGGGCACCGGCAUUGCGCCUGCGGAGAUGGACAGGUUGUUCAAACGCUUCUCGCAAGCCAGCUCCAAAACGCAUGUCAACUACGGCGGCACUGGGCUUGGGCUGUACAUCUGCCGCGAGCUUGUUGAAAAGAUGGGUGGAGCGGUCGGGGUGGCAUCAAGACACGACGAAGGUUCGGUAUUUGCGUUCUACAUUGAAACACGGCACGUGGACGCACCAGGACCUCACACCAACGGGGUUUCACCACUCGCCGGACAAGCUGUUGGGAUGCCGCGAUCUCUGUCAACCACGAACGAGACACACAAAGUCCCCAUCAGGGCUCGAGCACAUUCUACGCUGCAGACGAACGGAGACGGCAUUCGAGGGCAUGUCUUGCUGGUUGAAGACAACCUAGUGAACCAGAAAAUCUUCGCAAAGCACCUGAAACGAGUGGGAUUCGACGUCAGUGUGGCCAAUCACGGCCAAGAGGCGCUCGAUGUCCUGGAGAAGAGCGGGAGAUGGCGUCUGACGCAGACCGACGAUGAAAGGAACUCAAUUGACGUGAUUUGCCUCGAUGUGGAAAUGCCCAUUAUGGGCGGCCUCGAAUGUUCUCGAAGGAUCAGAGAGUUGGAAGACGCACACCACCCCUGCAGGCCCCUCCCAAUCAUCGCCAUUACGGCUAAUGUACGGCCGGCGCAGGUUGCCUCGGCGCUCGAUGCGGGGAUGAAUGAUGUCCUGCUCAAACCCUUUACUGCGGCCGAUCUUGUUCAGAAGAUUUGCACGAUGAUGGGUCACAGCGCGGAGCGCUGA